AUGCAACAGUUUCUCUCUGAACCGAUAACAACACAGACCACAAUGUUCAAGCUGGUGGUGUUGUCUUCCGUGCUCGCCCUAGUGGCUGCCAGCCCAAGUGGUCUUGCGCCAUGGGGUCUUGCGGGAUUAGGAUGGGGUGCUCCCUUGCUCGGUGCAGUACAUGCUCCGGUUGCUGCUCCUCUGGCAAUCACGGCUCCAGCUCUUCGUCCGUACAACUACCGUGGUCCCCUGUCGCUGGCACCUGGCCAGCCUGCUAGUAUCUUGGCUGCUGACGGCAGGCCCCUGGACACUCUAAGCGUAAACUUGGACCGUGCUGCCCAUUUGACCGCGAGGGCUGUGGAUUCUGCCGGACUUCACAUCUUGAAGAAACGUUCCGCUCCCCUUCUGGCGGCGGCUCCCUUGGCAACUGCUUGGUCUCACUCUGCUCGUCUAGACAUACCGGCCGCCCGAUUGGUAGCACCAGCGCCUCUUGCUGUGCCUGCUGUAGCACACCUGGGCUUGCGGGCUCCAAUUGCUCCGUUAGGCUUGGGAGCUUGGGGACAUGGUGCCCCUCUGGCUCACUGG